UCGGCCAUCAUGGCGGAGCUGGGCCGCUGGCUCCGGACCGAGCUGGAGCUGCCCCCCAGCGCCCUCCCCUCCGAGCCCGAGCUGCGCAGGCUGUGCACGGGGCCCUGUGCCCCCAUCUGGGAGUACAUCAUGGGCCACGUGCGGCACCCGCGGAAUGUGAAGAAGAUCAAAGGGAACCUGCUGUGGUACCGGCACCUCGAGGAGAUUCAGCGAGGGGCGGGGUCAAGCACGCCUUAUAUGGAAGUGCGCGAGGCCUUGGAGCAGGUGAGGGCGGAGCUUAAAGUGAUGGGCGGGGCCGUGGGCGAGGCCGGGGCAGCGGUGCUGGAGCUGGAAGAGGCACUGGGGGCGGAGCUUCGCCGCCAGGGGGCGGAGCGUCGCCGAGGGGCGGAGCUUCGGGCCCUGGCGGCGGAGGCGGCGCAGGAGGGGCUGCGGCUGCGGAGGGAGGGGGCCCAGAUAAGCUCCGCCCACGGGGAGCCGGGGCCAAAGGUGGGACUGACGUCGAAAUUGGCGGCCGUGUGCAAGCUGCGGGAGGAGGCACUGGAGGAGCUGCUGGGGCUCCGCCCCUUGUCGAGGCCGCAGGACCUCACCUUGCUCUGGCUGCAGGAGGCCAAGGCACUGCUGAACCAACACAGCCCAGAGGAGGUGCUGGAGGCCCUGCAGACACUGCGGAAGGGGUACCCCAAAAUCAGCCCUGACCUUGACCCCGACCCUGACCCUCAGCCCCAUAUGAAGACCCUCAUCCAGGACUGCUGGGUGGAUGUGGGGGGACUCUGGGACCUCACCCACUCCUCGGCCUCCCGGCUGUCCCCCCUGAGGCUCCGGCUCCUCCAGCUGCAGGAGGAGAUCCAGCAGCGCCUGCAGGGGGACCCCAAAGCCCAGCAGGCUGCCAGGUUGAUGCUGGAGGCCGCAGGGCUCUCAGGGGCUCGGGAGGCUCUGAUCCAUCAGGUCCAGGAGCUACGGGGCAGCCCCAUGGACUCCCCAGAAGCUGCCCUGGGGCCGCUGAGGAGGCAGCUGCAGGAGGGGAAGCAGCGGCUGUCCCGUCGCUGGAUCCAGCUCCGGGCUCUGGGCGCAUCCAAUGGGAAGCUCCAGGCGCAGCUGCGCCCCCUGCAGGCCCAGGCCCGAGGAGCUGUGCGGCUCCCCCCAGGGCUGCAGGGGGAAGGGCAGCGGCUGCAGGAAGCGCUGAGCAUGCUGGGAAAGGAGAGGGUGCCCCUCCCCCCGAGCCCCGCCCACAGCCCACUGCAGCCAAUCAGACGUGCCCUAGGAAUGGCAGAGAGUGAGCCCCCACAGGGGGCGCUGUUGCGGGUGGCAGAGCUGCGGGGGGAGCUGGAACAGCUGCAGGGGGCGUGGUCAGCGCAAAGGGCGUGGUCAGCGCAAGGGGCGGGACCCGAGAAGCCCCGCCCACCCCGCGGUGAGUGA